AUGCCUAGUCCUGGAUUUCCAAUAGCCCAACCGCAGAGCAGUCCUUCGUACAACCCACCUCCAAGCCCGUACGGGUACUCUGCCCCUCUAAGUUCGUCCUACCCCCCAGCGCACUCCUCGCAUCCACCGGCGCAGUACACCGUGACACACUCCUAUGACUAUCCUCGCGCCGUGCCUUUCCCGCCUCUUCCCACCUCGAACACGAACGAGUGCAAUACGACGAUGGUGCAGACGCAGCAUGUCAUCCACGUAAUCCACCAUUCUUCGCACCACCAGCACCGACACCGGCAUCGCAAGCAUUCCUCGGGCCAAGCUCAAGUGCAAGUCCCGAUGCCCACCCCAUCACCCUCCCCCAUUACACCCUCCACGUCCUACGGUUCUGGAUCGGGGCCACAGCCGUCCCCACAUGUCCACUUUACCGCCACCGCCGCUGGACCUCUCCCACGACCGCCAGUGGUCCAGCAAUCACAUUCUUACCCACAGGCCCAGCGCCCAGCGCAUUCGCAGGCGAUGGUCCUGCAUAAGCCCCGUCCGUCGAAGCACCACCACUCGAGCAGCUCGCCGGCGAUGCCGCAGAUGGCUACUCCGAUGAUGCCACCGCCGUCAGCCAACCAGCCGAUGGAGCCGCUGAACCCGCAGUUCCAGUAUUCGAGGUGUACGGGGAGAAAGAGGGCUCUAUGUAUCGGUAUAAACUACCACGGCCAAGCGAACGAGCUGCGCGGGUGCAUCAACGAUGCGAAGCACGUCCGUGAUUUCCUCAUAAAACACGGAAAAUACCACCCCUCCGAGAUCCUGCUCAUGACGGAUGACCCAAAGACGAGCUCGAGGAACUGGCCGACCAGGAGUAACAUCAUCCAAGCGAUGAAGUGGUUGGUGAGGGGUGCAUGUAAGGAUGAUUCAUUGUUUUUCCAUUAUUCGGGUCACGGAGGCCAGGUUCCCGACGAGGACGGAGACGAAGUGGACGGUUGGGAUGAAGUUAUUUUCCCUGUGGACUUCAAGAAGAAGGGUCACAUUGUCGAUGACGAAAUGCACGAUAUCAUGGUCAAACCCCUACCUCCGGGCUGCCGGCUUACCGGUCUCUUCGAUGCGUGCCAUUCGGGAACUGUCCUCGACUUGCCUUACAUUUAUUCGUCCCAUGGGCGACUUAAAGGUAGCCAUGUUAGCCGUCGUGCACAGAGGAGCAAGGCGACACCUGCGGAUGUGAUCUCGUGGUCGGGAUGUAAAGAUGGCCAGACGAGCGCAGACACGUUCGCAGGUGGCGUGGCUGUAGGCGCGAUGAGCCAUGCGUUUAUUAAGGCGUUGACGGACCGACCAGAGCAAACCUAUCAGCAACUCCUCCGUUCUGUGCGGCUUAUCCUGCACCCACGAUACAGCCAGAAGCCCCAGUUGGGGAGUUCGCACCACAUCGACACGAAUCUACAAUUUAUUUUCUAA